UCAUUAAAAAUCUGCUUGAUUACAUCACGCUCUGAAUCAUUGUAUGGAAAUUUAAUGUAUUUCUUACUAAGCGCAACUAUGGCAUCCACCACCUGCCUCAGACACCUACUAAAAGUGGGUUGCGUGAAACCCAUUUUUGACGCAAUGGAAUACUGGAAUGAUCCGCUUGCAAAAAAAUGGAGUACUGCAAGGAGUUUGGAGAUACCAGAGAUGGCAUGACUUCUGUGACUUUUGCGGCCUAUGCGUUGUUUUAGCUCCUCAUAAAGCUGGUUAAUUGCUGCCUUGGUCAGGCGAAAGUGUUUCACUACUUCCUCGUCUGUGAAAGAGCUCAUGUCUAGCCUUGGUUUAAACAAGCGAUCCUUUCUCGUUUGGCGUGGUCUGUGUGGCGGAAGAUGCAUGGUGGCAUUGUUCUGUCCUCUCAUUAUUACUAGGGUAACUGGCAAAGCCAUUCCAAGAGUUAUUGACCUAUUGGGGAAAAUUGAACGAAGUUUGUAGUUAGAAAUUCAGACUAACUUUUUUAAAUGAGAACCUUAAUGAUUGCUUUAGAUUUGUAUCAAUGGCCCAAAAAACAGUUAAUGGAUCAAUCAAUGCUGAGGAUUCGAACCAUCCCACCCAUCAUAAAUAAACUUCUCUGAAUUAGGAUGAUCAACUUGACCUAUUACUUGACAAGUCCCAGAGUAACUUGGGGCAAACUAAAUAUCUGUUCUGGAAUCCCAAGGUAAGGCUUCCAUGCUAGAAUUGUCCAUUCCAUGACUGUUUAAUUGCCAAGCCAAUUUGAGCAGGCAGAGACUUAUGCUAUGUUCACACUGUGGCACGGCGUUUGGCCUUCACGCAAUCUGUACCCAUCUUGGGAUCGAGGGUGUGUGGUCUACCGGCGUCCAACAACCCCUGUCUGAUUUUACCCAAUGUAAUGCCUGUUGUGCUGCUGCCUUGUAUGAAUUUCGUCCACUGGACAGCAGAAUUAGGCUCAAAAGGAGUUUGCGCACCGUUUCAUCCAACAUGUGCCCAAUCACGCUUUGGCCUAUGGUGGGGCAUCUACUUUUUUUUAAUAAACUCCCGUAACUAAUUUUGUUGACUGAUGAUAGUCUCCCUAUUGUUGGUAUUGUUUUGAACCAAAAAUUGGCUUGCGUUGUUCAAGGCGGACACAGGUACUGACUCAUGGAAUCAUCCCCUUAAAUGGUAUCUUACAUUCAAUUCAAUUUUACCAUGGGCAUAGUAUAAUGUUAAAAGUAAACUGUGUCAUAGUGGUUUGAAAAUCAUUUGGGGAACUAUUUCAAAUAAUUUGCCUGUGGUGCUUAUUAACCUCAGUGCAUACCCAGAGUUUGGUCCAGGGUGAACCCCAGGAAAUGCAGUCUGUAGUGCUGGCAGGGGGUUUGACCAGCAUCUUGUUUUUCCAGAAACUCAUGCAUUUAACUGGUGUACCCGUAACCUUUGUGAUGGGCCCCCUUCCCACCUCUUGUCAAUUGCCAGAAUUAACUUUUCUGUUGUCCUGAGAACCAAUAUGUGUAUGCAAUGUGUUAAUACGUGGAGAAGUUCUCUUAUGGUUCCUUUUUUUGGGAAAUUACUUUUUUAUUUGUUGUUUUUAUUUGUGUCAACGUUUUUGCUGACUCAACUGACAGCAUGCGCCUCAAAUUGUUUUCCUUUUUGUGCCCCAUGGUCCACGUUUUUGGCUUGUGGUAUGGUGUACUGUACGUUAUUUUGUCUAUAAUGUUAGUUUUGUGGUUGGCGGUCACAUUGGAAUGACACAUGGUUUUGGAGCGUUCUGCAAAUUUGGAACAAACUUGUCUUAAGGCUGGUGUAGUAGUUUGAGGUUGCCCUAUCCAGGAUGCUUUGGUUUUUCCCAUGCAAAGUUACAGAUAGUUUUUUGAGGUAAGAUUUAGGGGAAGCUGUACAUCAAACUUUAUGCAAUUAAUCUUUUAGGUUUCUUAGUGGUUUACCAUUAAGGUCUCAUUGAUUUAUGUUUUUAAUCUACACCCCAACAACCUACAUUGGAUUUAGAACUUACUUUUGUAUAAAUUUAAACUUUUUUUCGCUCUCUAAGGAUACUCCACUGUCUGCUCAGUGGUUUCCUGUCAUGUGUGUGCAUGCGCCUUUUUUUUUUUUCAGUUUCGCAAUGCGCAGCGAAUGUCGCACGCUGCGAAAAGACGCACGAAACCCAACCAACCACAACACACAAUGCUAGACAGCCAAUCACAACUAAACAUCUACCCAGUGCACAGAACAGUCAGGAAGCCAGCCUGCGCGCCACCACAAGCAAGAGGAGACACUGCGGAAUACCCUCAGCCAUUGAAUUGCUUGAAAAAACACAGAAGCCGACACAAAGUAGAGCUGUGGAAGUCCCGACUUCAUUGAUUACCGGAAGCCCAUCUUUUGAAGACUGCAAGCAAAAUGUCAGAUUCCACUAGCGAGGCUGAAAGUUCCUCUGAAACCCCAACUCAGACUACCCGUAAACGAUCUCCCCCAUUUUCACGGGCAGAAUUAAUUUUCUUAGUGGGAUACAUGGAAGAAAGGGAAUAUGGCUUUGGCGAAAGAGGCUCAAUCAACAGCAAUAAAGCCAGCAUUUUACAGGACUUAGUCUGUGAAAUGGAGACAAAGUUUGGAGUCACACAUUCGGAGCGUCAAAUACAGAAACGCUACUCGGAUUUAAAAGUUAGAGAGAGGGACACCUACGAAAGCAUCAAGCGCAAGAUAGCUAGAGAUAAAGGCAAAGCACCCAUCCAACCUACCAGACUGGAAAGGCUCGAACUUGCAGGGCAAGACCCUACCCCGGUGACCAAUGAUGCCCAGGGUGCAUCCCAAAGUGGCGAAGAAUUGAUCACCCUUACUUUGGAACCCAUUCCAGACGACCCCAUGAGUUCCUCCAAUCAAGGGCCAAAUAUCCCUCAAAGCUUCGAGGCCCAUCUUGCCGAGAUGGAACGCAGAAUUCAAAGCAACCUUGACAUGCUACAGUCUAAGCUGGAAUCUAUGGGUGAAAGCAUUGAUAAACGUCUCUGCCAUUUAGAGAAAUCAGUGGAAACCCUAAUUCAGAAAUCAAUCCUGAUGGAUUAAUAUUUUGUAGCCCCACGCCCCUAACUCCUUUUUUUUGUUUUAAUCGGCAAAAUUAGGGUAGGUUCUAAAUACAUUUUGGAAAUAUUGUUCCCGUAUACGGUUUGUAGGGGGGGGGGGAGGGGGUAAUCCCAGCGCCCGCACCCAAACGUAGGCGUGUGUACCAUGUUCAAUCCUUUUUAUUGUGCCGACCUGAUUUAAACACAGUCUCCGUUCGGCUGUGUUUUCACCCGUAUGUGUUUUUCCAAACGCAGGCCAUAACGUGGUCAACCACGUUUGGCGCUACGGACGGUUAACUGCAUACGGGCGAAAAAGCUGCCUACCGGCGGCCACGUUUCUCUACGGUCGACAAAUCCAAAAGAAUAGAAUACGGUGCCCGCAUACGUUUGCAAGCGGGCGCAGCAAUCCCCAACUCCCCCCCCCCCCCCCCCUACAAACAUUAUACGUGAAAGGGAAUUCUAAAACGUAGUGUGAACCUAGCCUUAGGGUUUGGUCAGUAAGGGGUUUCUCCUGCGCUACAGUUAUUUUGCACUUUUUUGGGGGUAAAUGUAUUAGAGGUCUAAGUGCCGUUGUGAAGCUGGCUUUUACCCCUGCGAGCUCUUCUCCAAACCACCAGGGGGUUAUUGUCUGCGAGAUGGGUAACACCCCCUCAAAGAGUCUAGGAUUUAGUUGGGGUGUUUGGGACUACAGGCAUACUCAACCUGACUUUUGCCCUAAAAGUUUGUAGUCCAGGGGAAGUGGCGUCGACACUUUUGCUAGGGACACAGUUUUUCGUAGCACGUUAGAAACCAGUGGAAGAGACCGGUUUACAUUUUGAGUUUGUCUGUUUAUUUAAAUGUGUAAUGAUAGGCCAAGACUUUUUCCUAAGGAUCAACUUGCUGUGUCAAGUUAAACAGAUUUGGAAAUUACUUGACUUUAAAAUCAGAAUCCUUCCCAUAGUUAUUAGCUUUAAAAGGUGUGGUUUUCUGUCUAACAGCUCACUGAUUUUGUCCCGUCCAGGGAGAUGUGCAGUUCCUAUCGGGAUAUUAUCCCAUCAUGCACAACUCCCAGGGCGUGACAUCAUCAUUGAGUGGUUUGACUGUAAACAUUGGAUUUUAAUAACUAUGAUAAGGUUUCAAAUGUUAAAAUCAAAGUAAUUUACACAUGGGUAUAACUUGCCAGAGCAAGUCGAUGUGUUUGUAAAUUUUUUGGCCCUGCCCGACCCCUUUUUAAGUGCAAAGAUGCUAGGGUCUACACAAACACUACCGUUACCGAACAAACGAUAGUUUAGGAUAGGGAAAGUGAAGGAGGGUGCACACCAUCUCCAUGCCAGACAGUGGUAAAAAUCUAGCAUUCAGAUGCCACGUGAGAGCAUUGUGUUUGCUGUUUUUUUUUUGGGAAAGGUUAUUUUUCCAUUUUACAAUCCUCUUGUCUCUUUCGUGAAAGCUUUGAAAUAUGUAGUAUUUCGACAGUCAACAUGAAAGGAAGCCGCAUGGCAAUGUAAACUGCUGCCUCCUUAAUCUCCUGGGGCUUGGGCAUUGCUGAAAUGAUUCGGUUCCAAAUGUAUAAUGUUGUUGAAUUGUUUCUGUCCGAAAAUACAAUCUUCCGCCCAACUUGGCCCAAAACUAAAAGCCAAAUAAGUUGUAAGUUCCAUGUUCAGGACGAGUUAUUUAAACAGCCACCAUGUUUUAAGUUUAUAAAUUCUUUUUGGAAAGCCAAUUGGAAAGAGGGAAUUGAGCCUAAGCAAUCAAAAGAUGUUCAGCAAAUGUGUGCCUGUUAUGCUUGUUCAACAAUGGUACAAUUAUUUCUGAAGUAUACUAUACCUUUUGAUAGCAUUUGUUUGCUCGCAAUUUUUGUGUGGAAUAAACAAGUAAAGAUUGUGUUUGAUUUGCUAUUCUUUCACAGACACAUGAUGGUGGAUAAGUUUGAUUUGCACACUGUACCCAAUCUUGGGAAAACCCCACAUUUUCAAUUGAGAAGCCCUUUCCCUUUUGCAGCAAGGAGCACAUUUGGGCUCCGUCACCAAGGAUUCCCUACAAUUGCCUGUAGAC